AGCAGCGUUAUCAUGUCCGGACGGGGUAAGGGCGGCAAGGGGCUCGGCAAGGGCGGCGCCAAGCGCCACCGCAAGGUGCUGCGCGACAACAUCCAGGGCAUCACCAAGCCCGCCAUCCGCCGCCUGGCUCGGCGCGGCGGCGUCAAGCGCAUCUCGGGCCUCAUCUACGAGGAGACGCGUGGCGUGCUCAAGGUCUUCUUGGAGAACGUGAUCCGCGACGCCGUCACCUACACGGAGCACGCCAAGAGGAAGACGGUCACGGCCAUGGACGUGGUCUACGCCCUCAAGCGCCAAGGUCGCACCCUCUACGGCUUCGGCGGUUAAAGCUCUGCGCUCCACCCGGAUCACCGCGACAAAGACACAAAGGCUCUUUUAAGAGCCACCCACUUUGUCUUUCAAAAGAGCUGUUUUACAACGAUACCGGAGGUUGGAAGACGACGAUGCUGUUCGGACUUUGUACUAAAACUGUUGUCAAACCACCGAGGUUUUGCGGGUGCUGUCAUCUCUCUUAAUGGGCAGUUGGUUUUUGCUGUGUAAGCUGGGGUUUUUCUGUGUUCGAAAUUGUGUUAUGAUAAUCAUUUCAGAACCUCUGUGAUAUUUUCCCCAUGUUCGCCUACGGUAAAAUGUCUUGAUUUAAUAAUCUUGCAUUUCAAUAACGUACGAAGAAAUUUUAACUGAUUUUUUUCUGUUGGAAAAAUAAUUUGUUCUAAAAUAAAUAUUUUCUUCGUGAUACUUUUAUUUCCCUUCUUACUGACUUUUAAAAAUAAAAGUAUAAAUUUAAUACAGUUUUCUAGUGAUGAUUUGCGUUGGGGCGGGGGUGGGUGGAAGGGAAGGCUUAGGAGGGGAGCGAGCAAUAGAAGCAACUUGUGAACCUAUACGUACAUUUUUAAUCAAAUGUAUCCAGAAAAGCUUUGCAUUAACAUUAUUCUCAGAAAAGGUGCUCCAGUCUUGGGCUCGCUUCAAAAAUAUUUUUGCUGGUAAUUCAUGACCAAAGGGAAAAAAAGCAAAUUUAACUUUAUAUAAAACUUAUGAAAAUCAUUUGGCCCUUGCAAACAAUUAUACCACUAAAUAUAUGUGUGCGCACAUCUGGUUUUCUCACACCUUCCUGAGUAGGGGGAAAUUAAAUAGGAGAUUAAUACCAUAUUCCUUUCCAAUUAAUUUCACAAAAAAACAAAAACAAAAAACCCCCCCACAAAUUAAUGGCCUAAGUAUUAUCGUCAUCACGAUGUUGCCUGAUGAUACGUAAAGCUUCUCAUUAAGAUUUUCCAUUUAAGUAUGAAAAACGUGGAAAUAAUAAAAAGCAAAAAAAAAAAAAAUCAACCACUACAGCUUUUUUAAUACUUGUCAGAGCUACCAAUUUGUAUUACUGGUAUUUGUGAGCUCUUCUGACCAUUUGUCCUUUGUGUCUUUAGGGAUAACGUAAGGAGCCGAAACAACCUUGUCAUUCUUUUGCAAUCAGCCUACAAUUCACAAAAAAAAAGCAAACCAAAGCAGAACAAAGACGCGAAGAAAGAAGAGCAAAGUGCAAGUGAGGCUGUACGCUGUCCACGAUCUGUCAGGAGAUGGGCAGAGAUGAGGAGCCGGAGAAGCAGAGGGGAUGCGAGCCCCGAGCGCGCAGCGCUGGGAGCGGGUCCGGGGCUGCGGGGCCGAGAGGCUGCGGGCGGAGCUUCAGCCGGGAUCGCACGGCAGCCAAUGAGAUCGCGCCUCUUGCUGUCCAAUCAGAGACGCGACAGCUCAAUAAAUAGCGGUGUUUUCGGCCGCGCGGUGCUCAUUUUUUUCUUCUUUGUUUGGGGCUGUUGGUGCUGCUUUGGA